AUGGGUGUGGGCAAGGCCGGCAAGGCUGACCAGGCGGAUCCAUCCGACCUGAACGGCUCAAAGCAAGACGAGGCAGAGCAAGCCGUGGUAGAGGAAGCUGCGGCAGGGGAAGCUGCAGCAGAGGAAGCUGCGGCGGCUCCUGAAACCAACGAUGUGCAGGCAUUGCCAGUAGCUGCACCAGACCCUCUGAAAGAUGGAGCUGAUGCAGGUCAAAAGGAGGUGCCUGCUACAGAGGACGAAGUGGACGACAUUGUUCCGUUCAUUUGCUACGAUGAGGAGAAGGGCAGCUUCUCCAAGGAUGACAGAUGGAUUCUGCCAAAGCGAAAUCAGUUUCCACUGAUCUUCUGUGCACUUCGCGUGCGCAUUCGGCUGGAGCCCUUUGAGCCUUCCAACACGUCUACGAAUCCGUGGAAUCUGUCGGCCGAAGAGGUGGAGGCUCUUCUGCGAAAAAGUCUUGGCCUAGAAGAUCUCCUGGUCCGCUUUGAUGACUGCCGUGAUCGGAUCGAUGCGGCGAUCAACGCGCGCGAGUUGGUUGCGGCCCUCAAGGCUGACUUGCCUGCAGGCCUAGGUGUCGGCGAUGUGAAAGAGGUGGCCGAGCACCAGAUGUUGGCCACCUUUGUUCAUGUCUUGGAAACUUCAGAUGACAUGGAUUCCGAAAGGAUCAGCUCUUUGGCAGCUCGUCUCAAAGAGGGCGGGUCAUGCGAUUCCAUUACCUUGGAGUUGCCUCAGAUUUGGAUCAUUUCGGACCCAGAUUUCAGGGCCAAGACUGCCAGCAUUGGCUUGUAUCCUGGCAGCUUCUGGAUGGGCUUCCUCAAGUCCUGGGGAGCAGUGAAGAUCGCUGAAGUAUUCUUCAGGAAGGUCGAUCCGGAAGCGCUGAAGCACAGGGAGCCGACGGUCACCGUUGCUGUCCAAUUUCGAGAGCGUGAGAACUUGAAGACGUGCUUCACCUUCCUGUACGACCGCUACCUCGUCCAUCCGAAGCAGAAAAAUGCACUGCGGCAGCCGUGGUGCAAGCUGGUGGACUUUGAGGAGUUCAAGGCCAAGACCUUGGGAAGGCCUGUGCCCAGCAGACCAAAGGCUGCAGCACCAGCUGCCGGCAAGUUGAAGAUCAAUCAGCCGACAAUGCAACAAGCUCCGCCAAAGCCCAAGGCCACUGCAAAAGCAGAGGCAAAGGCGGCCAGUGCCGACGAUUUCGAUCGCCAGUUGACUCCAGCAGAGGCCAUGCAAGGCCUCUCUGGAAGACAGCUGGAGGCUUUCCAGAUGGUGAUGAGCCGCAUGGAAAGACUUGAGCGAGAGAACCAGGAGUUGAUGCAGCUCCUUAUCCAAAUGCAAGGCUUGCUUCAGCAACAUCAGCAACGAAAUGCACAGCUUGUAGGACUAGCGCGUCCUGACCCGGUCAAUCCUCUCACAAGCAAUGCAGCCAGAGUUGCGGCGCUGCAUGCCCACCGGCAGCUCAUGGCGACCCAGCCCUGCGCAGUUGCAGCUGCCUCUGUGCCAUUGCCCAGGCCACCUGCGGCCCAGACGCCACUCACACCACCGCCUGCCGCUGCUGUGCUGAGCACCUUGGGUGACCCGCAGAAGCGAAAGGCCCCUGGUGAUGAUGCCGAGGCUGACGGUGACGAUGCCGAGGCGCCGUGGAAGCGACAAAGGCGAAGACAGCGGCGUGGGGCAGACGAUAAAUCAGCAGCUGAUGUGCCUCCAGGCGAACUUGAUGAGCUCGCGGCUGUGGAACCCGACGCAGCCGCAGCAGGGGCAGCAGCUCCCGAGGCGAACGGUGGCGAAGCUGCAGAGUCAUCCACAGGUCUCGCUGCAUACCACGAUGCCUUGCUUGGUAUGUAA